AUGCAAAAUAAUACAAUCAUCAUCGACCUGGGCUCAGAGCAGAAUGUGAAUGGCAUCAUCAUGUUGCCUAUUAUGGAUGAUGGCGCCCAGUCACAUAUUAACUCUGGGGGGUGGAAUAAGAGCGUGAAACUCGCUGCCUUCAAACCUGAGAUUGCCCAGUGCGUGAAGCUCAUUGCUAGGAGUGAAGCGCCUCCCAGAAAAUCUUCCGACACCAAGCACAACGAAACACGGACCAGCAUCGUCGACACCGCCAUCUACGCUGCCGGGUACACUACUCCUGUCAACCCAUCUAUCGGUACUCUCAGUUUGCUCAUUGUUUCCAUAGCAGGUGCCCACGCAGCAGUGAACCAUAAUGACCACCAAAAUACCGUCCUUUGGUCGGCCUGGUCUGACGUUCAAUUCUUUGCUUCCCUCGGUGGCGCAACUUUCACGACGACAUGGGAUCCUGUCAAGGAGGAAAUUGUCCAGGCCAAUUGUGCCAACAACAAUCACGACAUGUUCUGCCCCGGCAUUUCCAUGGACUUCGACAGCAGAGUCAUCGUGCCCGGCGGUGCCGACUCGGACAAAACCAGCGUUUCCAAUGGCACUGGCUGGAAGCGUGGAAGGAGCAUGAAGCUCUGCCGUGGAUACUAUUCCAUCAUCACCCUCUCUGAUGAACGCAUCUUCGCCAUUGGCGGUUCGUGGAGCGGAGGAAACAAAAACCCCAAGGACGGCGAGAUCUACGAUCCUCGGAAGCAAUCCUGGAAGAUACUCUGCAACACCAAGGGUAACUACAUCAAAACCAACGACAAACCGCUCCGUGCCGACAACCACACAUGGCUUUUCGGCUGGACGAACGGCAGUAUCUUCCAUGCUGGUCCCAGUUACAACAUGCACUGGUUUAACACUAGCGUAACGGGCGGUAACUAUACGUCGGCCGGUCGCCGUCUUGACGACAAGCUCUCCAUGUCUAGCAAUGCAGCCAUGAUCGAUACCACUCGUGGUCCAUUCAUCUUGAUCCUUGGCCCCGAAGGAAUUAGCAAAAACCGGGCCCGGGGCCAAACAGUUCCAUUGUUGGAGGUCUAG